CCACUCCCUGUUAAGCGAUUAGUUCUGCAUCAGUUGUACUGAAACCAGAGCACUUGACAAUGUAGUUAUUCGUCCUACAAGGGGCGCUGUGCUCGACUUCUCUCUCACUCCUACAGCUGCUCUGUUGAAUUACAAGCAAACACGCACACUAAUGGCGUUUUUCUAGGUAUAUCUAGCAGCUGUUUUCAUCAGCUGCUUUUAGUGUUGUAGCAAAAUCAUUUGUUGCUCAAGCAGCGGCUGCAUCACCACAGUUAGCAUUUUUAAUCCAGUAUUGUGGCAUGGUAAAAUUGUGACAGAUAAGUUAUAUAACACAUGGACGUCGCCCAGGGUAAACCGGACAUGUUCUUUAGUCCUUUAGCUUUGUAAAUGGAAACGGGGUACAUUGUAGGCGUUGUUGCUAUCAUCAUUUACACGUUUAAUCAGAUUGAGAAGGCAAUCUCGGCAAAGCGCUAAAGCAUCAUCAACAGGCAUAAGGAUUCUGAACUGAUUAAGAAAGAGCAACGGAAAUAAAUAAAGGAGUUACUCACGACCCAGUCCGCGCACUGGAGUUAAGGCUGUCUGCUUCACUCAGGCAAUGGAUCCGACCCAGACAGGAACAGGGAUUGCAGCACAGUACUGUUGAUUUGACGACGGGCCAAUUCACAGACUUCGCUCACAAUGACUACAGCAAGAUAUAGGCCUACUUGGGAUUUGGCCCUGGACCCCCUAGUGUCCUGUAAACUGUGCCUUGGGGAAUUUCCGUUGGAGCAGAUGACAACAAUAACCCAAUGCCAAUGCAUCUUCUGUACACUGUGCCUAAAACAGUAUGUGGAACUCCUGAUCAAAGAGGGCCUGCAAACGGCUAUUAGCUGUCCCGAUGCUGCCUGUCCAAAACACGGCCAUUUACAAGAAAAUGAGAUUGAAUGCAUGGUUGCAGCAGAAAUUAUGCAAAGAUACAAAAAGUUACAGUUUGAAAAGGAGGUUCUGUUGGAUCCUUGCCGGACCUGGUGCCCGUCCUCCUCCUGUCAAGCCGUGUGUCAGCUGAAAGAAAUGGAGCCCCCUGCCCUGCAGCUGGUCCAGUGCACAGCCUGUAACCUGGAGUUCUGCUCUGCCUGCAAAGCAAACUGGCACCCUGAGCAGGUCUGCCAAGAGAACGUGCCUGCAACGUCAUUCCUUCCAGGAGAAACAAGUUCAUUCUAUAAGAGUGAUGAAGAUGAUGCUCCAAUCAAGCGUUGUCCAAAGUGCCAAGUCUAUAUCGAACGUGAUGAAGGCUGCGCCCAAAUGAUGUGCAAAAACUGUAAACAUGCCUUCUGCUGGUACUGUCUGGGGUCUCUGGAUGAUGAUUUCCUAUUGAUACAUUAUGACAAAGGACCGUGUCGCAACAAACUUGGACACUCCAGGGCAUCUGUAAUCUGGCACAGAACACAAGUGGUUGGUAUUUUUGCAGGGUUUGGUCUGUUGCUGUUGGUAGCCUCUCCAUUCCUCCUUCUGGCCACUCCAUUUGUCUUGUGCUGCAAAUGCAAAUGCAGCAAGGGUGAUGACGACCCACUACCUACCUAGUUGGCUGGCUGAGUGGUUUGUUUCUAUUCACCAGCACUGUUUCAGCCUUACCUGGUCCAUCUUGCUUUACAGUAUCAGCUCCAGUGCCCUGCAAAGGUCCCCAGUGCAUUAGAGACGGUUCCGUUCUGAAAGGAAGAGUGCAAAGAAAAAAGGCAGAACAUCAGUUAAGGGGCAAACAAAAUGUACUGUGAAAGGUCCCUUGGGAGAAUCUGAAAGGAAGGUGUCGGGCAAAACAGCUACGGAAAGAGGUACAGGUGUUGCAAGGGAUGCUGGUAGCUAUUCAAUUUCCAGCUUGGGCAAUGAUAUGGGGGAAGGGGAAGCCCAACAAAAAAAAUCAGCACGUAAUUAUAGUAUUGCUUUUUUUUGUAUAUGAUAUCUAUGAAUCACAACUAAAUAAAUAAUUUCCUUAAACACACAUAGCCACCUGUUUUUUUCUUUCUUUUCUUGAACCAUAUGAUAAACAGUACAAAGCAAGUUUUGUGUAUUUUACAGUGUUCUACCUUCAUGUAUUUAACCCUUUUGCAGUUGUUUUUUAACCCUCAAGUCAGAAUGACUCGGAUCUGCCACAACCAUAAAGAGAGGCGUGUUCUGUGUACACUUCUAAAAGUCCUAAGGAUUAGGAAGCUUUGUUGAGUUGCCUACUUGAGUCAGGCUUUGUAGCCGACUAGUAUUAUUCACCCAACAUUUAAUUCCAAGGUUUAUUUUUGUAUAUGUGUAUCUGUCACAUACUGGUUUACAUUUAAUUCCCUAUCAGCAAAGUUUUAUUUUAACCAGUGAAACUUUUAUUCAAGAGGGAAAAGGCAAAAGGGAGAGUUUUAAAAGCAUUUUUUCUUUUUUUUUCAAGUAGCCAAUGCUGAGAAUAAAGUACAGUAAAAAUGUGAUGUGGUAUGGUAAAUUUCCGCAAAGGCCUUUGUUCUGAAGUGUGGUAGCAUACGGAAGACUAAACUCCUGCUCUGGUUGGCUGAAAGCUCAACAGAAGUGUAUACUAAAGAAAUAGAACCCAGAUUAGAAGGGAAGUUGACCGAGUCAGGAAGGAAGCUACAGACAAGGUCAACUACCACGCCAUCUAAUCAGGGCAGUAGUGUGAUUAGAAACUGGUAUGCAAGCCCUGUAUUGCUAUUUAAACAUUUAAAUUACAUUAAGAUUAUUUCCCUUUUCAAUGUUGUGAUGCUUUUCUUUUUUAUAUCGGUAAUGGAGCAUCCUAAUUUGUGGAUGGAAGUUGAGGUUUCUAGUAAGAUAAUAGCUUUACCCUAACUAGUAAUCAUAUAUAAGUAAUCAUUUUGGCUUGCCUUGCAUGAUUAUGUUAAUAUGUUUUUACAGUAUUGUAAAAUGGAUAGCGAACUGCAGUACACCAUUUUGUAAAGCUCUGUACUCUUCAGGUGUUUUCCUACUCUUAGCAGAUAUUACACAGGAGAACAUUAAAACAGCCCCCUGCAGUAUCUAGUUUUUAAUCACAGUUUAUAAUGACAUUGCAAAUAAGAGAAAUACUCGCUUGUUUUCUAUACAAGUCCUGCUGCCAUGCUGAAGUAGAUAACUGCUGCUCAUAGUGAAUUUUGCAUGAGGGUUGACUGAAGGAAUCCAGGCAGGGUUUCAAUACCUCUUACCUCAUCUUCUCAAGAGUGCCCUGAGAUGAAACAUCCUCAAAGCAUAUGGGGCCAUUUUUCUUUGUCAGUAACGGCAGCUCUAACAGUACUGGUGAGCCCUACAUUGAAGCAAAUGCAAAGGCUAAUCUUCAGAGAAUAACAAAGUCAUCUUAAUAUUAUCCUAGCGAACUAGCCACUGUGUAUUCAGUUCCUUCUUGUGUGUAAUUUUACAGAUCACAGUUCCACAUAAAAAUAAAAAAAGAUAAACAAGGGGUCAGUCUGUCCUAGAGCAGAUGACGCAUGUGCUUCAAUCCCAGUUGUGACUCCCGCUAUAAAUAAAUUAGAAGCAGUUCCCCAUUGAACAAAGAUGUUGAAUCUGUGUUGGACUAUACUUAUGUAAAUGUUUAAUAUUAUUAAUGUAAUGAUAAAUAAUACAUUUAUAUAAUCAUGAAAUAAUCAAACAUUGUGUAUUCUACUUUUUUAGUUAACAGUAGUAAAUAGUUUAUUUUUUCUUUUUAUUAAUACAAUGUACAGGAUGUAACCCUAUUGUGUGGCAAAUUGAUGGCAACAAGGGGGAGACAAUGUGUUUAGAGCAACAUGCUCAACAUCAUAUUUGGUACUGGUGUCACGUGGUAAUAAUAAAGCACUGUGGACGCAUGAUUUGGGAUUAAAAAUUCCUGGUGGGGCCCUACAUUGAAGCAAAUGAAUUGUGAUCGGUUUGCACUACUUUGUUGCCAGAUUGCCGACUGCUGACUGUGGUCUUGCUUCUCCUGUGAACACCGCACGUACAAGGCCACACGCGGGCAAACAAUAUCUCCGUCCUGUAGCCAUCAACAAAAGCUCUUGCGUGCUUGCAAUUUUAAAGUUUCCAAAACCUCCUGCAUUUAUUUACAUCGGCUCAAAUUACAGCUUUACAUUUUACUCUGCCAGACUCUUAUGUUGACUUUCCUUGCAUGUAUUGCUCAAGACCUUGGAAAUUGCGUUGCCUUUGUUUUAAUUUGCCUUUAAGUUGCGCCAUAUUUUUAAUGGAUACACAUAGUCUUACCUGAUUUCAUAAAUGUAUUUACAUUUUAUUAUGUAUGUAAUUGAAUUCUACCUGUAGAAUUGUAACCUUGUAUAUUGAUAUGCAUGACAAAAAGUCUUGUAAUAAAAAAAAACCUAGUUCAGUUCCUAUGUAAUGUUCAUAUAUUUCAAUGUAAAUGUAUCUAUUGUGCCACUAACACUGUGAUAUUAAAAAAAAAAA